AUUAUUAUUAUUAUUGUUGUUGUUGUUAUUCUCCAUAUCUAGUAUCACUAUGCACACCACAUCGCUAUACAGACAGAUCUCUGUGGGCGGCGGCGCUGGAUCUAGGGGUGCUGCUUCCAUCGUACACAGGGGGUACACUUUCAUUCAAUGACUUCCAGCACCCCCACUUUAAAAGUGGUUCCAGUGCCACUCGACGCGGCGAACACCACGCCAGUCACUGGAACGCGAUAUAGUCGCAGAAUAACACAGGGCACCGAAGAGAGCCGAGCCCAAUUCAGUGAUAAGCUUCGGGGUUUCUCGCUGAUUAGUAGAACGCUAAUCACUUUGCUGUGCGCGUGUGUUACCUCGUUUAAAAUGCUCGUGAAAUGCAAUCAUGUUGUGCGCCUGUAUUUUGCCUUCAGUUAUCACACGCAUUUUUAUCACACCUCAAAACCAGACUGGCCUCGCUGAUUCGCGAGUCAGCGGGGAGCAGGGUGCUGCACGGAGCGACCCCCCACACGUCAGCGGGUACAGUGAUUACAGGCAGCUGUCCUGCAGUACGAACCACACCUGACCGGACACGUACGCACGUUGCAUCUGGCCCCAGAGCCCUGCUCCCACAGCAGGCUGCAGUCCUCUCUCUGCCAGGGAUGCUGAGCCAUGUGGAGAGGAGGGAGGGCUCCAUCACCCGCCAGGACCCCCACUCAACCUUCCCCACCCCCCAGCCUCCCCCCUUCUGCCUGAAGAGCCCCCCCACAGGGCGGGACCCCAGCGAUGACCUGUGCUGCAUUACUGAGACCCUGGACCACCUCAACACCUCAGGCUGGUACUGGGGCGCGAUCACGGCCAGCGAGGCAAGGGCUGAGCUCCAGCGGGCCGAGGAGGGCACGUUCCUGGUGCGGGACAGCAGCCACCCCCUGUACAUGCUGACCCUGUCCGUGAAGACCAACCGGGGGCCGACCAACGUGCGCAUCGAGUACAGCCACGGGUACUUCCGACUGGACUCCAGCUGCCUGGCCAAGCCGCGCAUCCUGGCCUUCCCGGACGUGCUGAGUCUCGUCCAGCACUACGUGGGCUCCUGCGUGGGCUCCUGCAUGGGGGCGGCGGGGAGGGUGGAGGGGCCUCCAGUGGCGGACACUCUCCCCGAGCACAAGGACAGCGCCGUGCUGCUCAAGCUGGUCCGGCCGCUGCACCGCAGAGACGCCUUCCCCUCCCUCCAGCACCUCUCACGCCUGGCCAUCAACAGAGUGACCGCCAGCCCCGAGCAGCUGCCCCUGCCCAGGAGGGUGCAGGAGUACCUGCAGGAGUAUCCCUUCCCACUGUGAGCCGAGCACAGGCAGAGCGGAGAAACACGAGGCAACGGGGGGGGGAGCCAGGGGCCAUCAGCCUGUUCCGCUGCAGUGUGAGCGAGGGGGUGGAGAUUACAAGGACCGUCCCCUCCGCACUGCUGACAAACAGGAGGGGCAACACGGAACUUCUUCCAAGUGGAUGGCCUAUCGCAGGCUGUGGAUCGAAAUGGGUCGUGGCUACAAGGACUGAACAUGCCCACAGAGGAGGACUGCAGCCCUCCCGUCCAAUCGGUACGAGGGACGAUUUUUAUGAAGACAGACUUUACCCCUAAAAACCUCUAGCUGUUAGUUUGACUGGCCUGGUUUGGGCAAAAGCACUUUCUUUUAUUUCUGGAUCUAUUUUUAUGUUUUUAACUGACUGAGAUUGAUA